UAGUUGCUAGAAAUUUUUUGUAUUUGCUGGUAUACCCAAGAGUUUCGGUGCAGCAACACCCUCGCAUCCCCCUUUGCCUACACCACUGUCAUUGAUAUUAACUUACUGAAUUUACUUGGUUUUUGAACAUUCGCGAGUGGCUCAUAUUGGUAACAACUCCUCUUGAAAUUUGUCUUGGAUAUUUUAAUCAUUUCUAAGCAUCCACUUUAUGGUUUCCAAGUGCUUAACAGAGAGAUCAAGUCCAGAAAAAAGACAGUCCCAUGUUUGAAAGUCCUAACAUACUUUCUUGAAUGGUUAAAGAUGUAUCAAUGCCCUAGCUACUCCUUAUUUCGUUGUGUACCUUGAAAGGUCCUUGAAACUUUGAAGUACUGAGGGUAGGGACUGGACACUUUUCGGCACUGUUUAGACAUCAACGUAGGCGCGGUAAAUAUCAGUCUGUUUUUUUAAUUGAGAAAUCUAUAAGUUAGAAGUAUCAUUGAUGUAAAAUAAACCUUUAUGUAAACACUAUGCCUUAGCUUUUGUAACUGUUGAUGGCAUAAUCCUCUCUUUGUACAUUAAAUUUGGAUUAAACUAGAAAACGCAUUGCUAGAUCUGCCUACAUUUAAAAUCAAUGACAUAGAAAGUAAUUAGUGCAAUCAAGCUACUGGUUGUCAACUGUAGGCCGUUGAUUUUGUAAAAUUGUCGAUACAAAAAGAAUAGAUCAUUCUUAUCUUUUAUUGAAUAAUAACAGCACUAAAAUAGUUUAUUUAUAAAUUCAAUUAACAUACAACCUAGAUCUUUUUUAGCAGCACCAGCAAAAUAAAGCUGCGUCCGAAAAACAGCAAUAUCUUGCUUGAAUAAAAAACUCAAAAUCCUAUUACAUUAAAUUAAAGGUAAAAGUUUAAACAAAGCGUUCCAGUGUCGGUACAAUUUGUUUAAAGGCAGUCUGUUCUUUAUUGAGCUCAACUUUGUUUUCACGGCAGUGAAAUUCACGCACCGUCGAGCUUAAAGGCAUUGAGUCAUGGUAAAUAGGCUUUCUCUAUAGGGGGUCAUUUGGUUUCGGCGUGAUCGCUGCUGUUUCAUGUGAUAUUGGCAUCCGUUGUUGACAACUUGCUAUUGAUGGAAACUGUUAUGUUAAUCAGUACGAGGUGAGUUCAUGUGACCAGUUCAAGGUCAACCAAUAGCAUCGCAGUCAUGGAAAUCAUGACUCAGCGGAUUUUGGCACUUAGGGUAUACCCAGUCUAUUUAUCGUGACUCAAUGCCUUUAAUCGAUAAUUAAACGAUCUAAACCAAUCAGAGAGAACGUGGAUUCCGGAGCUUUUGAAUCAAAUGGCUGUAUUCCCGUUGAAGUGAAACUGUGGCUAGAAAAAUUUUGUUCCCUGUUUGGUUUGUGCGACAGAUGUUUGAACACCGAAAGGAAAUGCUUCCAUUAUCGUCAUUCAAUUUCAGUAAUUAAAUCUUCUUGCCAUUUCCGAUAGCUUUUUGCUCGCAGUUUCAAAUGCCGCCCACUACCGCAGUGGCUUCAGCCAUCUGUCGAUCAAAGCUGGCCAAUAGAUUUGCGCAAUACCACUCACACGCUUUUUGAUUGGUCAACGAUUGAUUGGCAGAUGUCUGAAUCCACUUUAGUGUCGAUUGCCUUGAACGUAUCAUUCGAUCUGUUCAGAUGGUUGUAGAACACUUCCCAGACCCUUGCACUGAAAAGUAACUUCAACGUUUUGUUCAUUCUGUGUAUUUGCUAGUUCUUCAAUCCGCAGUACAGAUUCGCUCGAACUAGCGAGUCCGAAUUGGAUAAUGGAGUUCUAAAGUGUGACGUCACCAAAAACCUAUUUCUAGAAUUAUAGAAUUUUAACCACAUAGCAUAAAAGAUCACCAUGAAAUACUUUCAAAUAUGCAAAAUUGGCCAAAUAUGUCUAAAAUCGGUUGAGAUAUAGCCGAUGAAGGUUUGAAGUUUGCUAACGAAUCACUGUCAAUUUGGCUCUGUUCAUAAAGUUAUGAACAGAGACCAAAUCACAAAGGUUCGAUGGGAAAAGAGCCAAUACACACGCGGCCAUAUUUCAGCCAAUGCGCAACAUAUUUGACUGAUUUUGCACAUUUAGAGGUAUUUCAUGAUGUUCUUUCUGGCUAUGGGAUCCAAAUUCAAAAAUUUCAAAAAUAGAUUUUUGUGACGUCAUCACUUUAGAACUCUAUUCUAUUAACCUCUUGUCACACGUGUCAUGGAGUUUUUUGACUUCAUCAACAUAUUACAGGUUGCCUAUGUUUAGGCAACGCUCCCCUGCCAAUAUGACAUAAGCAAAACAUUUUAAGGCCGAUUUCCAUUUGACAUUUUUUGUGCACGCGGGCGUCGCUCCCAAAUCUGAGCAUGCGGAGUUAAGUGCUGCUGUCAAGUGGCCGAGCGCACAAAAAAGUUGAGACCCUGUAAAUAUUCUGGCGCCCACAGCGGACGCAAAAUCGAGACCACUUGAUUUUAACUACGCAUGCUCAGAUUUGGGCGCUACGCCCGCGCGCAGAAACGCAAUAUCUAAUCUUCUACUGUGCAGAAACGCAACAAUCAAGAGAGGUCAUCUUUAUAAUUAUUUUAACUUAUCUUAAAUUCUAAUACGUCUAAACAUCAUACCAUCUCAAAUCCAACUAUUUCAACACUCGACACAUCCUAUAGUCUAAUUAAAAGUUGUUUAUAGUCAUUAGAAUAAAUAUGCGUAAGUGCAUUGAUGUUUAAGCAUUGAUGAUGCUUAAUUAAUCUCUAACGUAAAACGAUGUUUCCUUUGUCUAUUUGUUAUUGUCCAACGUGCACAAGGUUAUAAAUUACUAGGCAGCCAAACUGAAAGACUCAAAAAACAAACACGCUUUUUCACACAGAAACGAAGUGAGUGAGCUGCUCACAUGAAAUCAUCAGUUGCUCAACAAUACAUUUCGCAUUGUCUUCCAAAAGUCUUGCUUGAUCCGAGUUUAUCUAGCCAGGUAUUAGAAAAGGAUAUCAAAAGAAGAGUGAACGUGAAACUCUAUGAUAUAUUCAACGCAACUGUGAUCUAUAAUAGCUUUGAUAACAUGCUGUUAAGCGCCAUGAGAAUUAAUUUUUUUACCAGCAAUGAGUUAUUCAACUCCUUGUUUACCACAUACCUUCGCCCAAAUGCGCAUGUGCACAGAUAAAUAGAAAAUAGUCCUAUUAUUCUAUUCAUUUGUCUUUCUAUCUAGGCUUAUAGCAGGGCCCCCGACGAAGGGGGGCCAGGGGGGCCUUGGCCCCCCCACUUUUUUGCAAAACAAUAGAGUUUUUUUCAAAAUCUUUUGUUAUGGGUGUCAAAUUUUCCCUUGGCCCCCCCACUUUUCAACCUUUGUCGGAGCCCGUGUAUAGUCCUAUUAUUUUAUUCCAUUCUAUCUAUUAUUCUAAUAGAUCAUCAUCAGUUUUAUUAUGACCAUGACAACAAACCCUCAGAUUUUGGGAUAGCUGGAGGGUCAUGGUAGCCAACCUUCUGAUAGAGAUGGUACCUAAUGAUGAUAUUUUAUUCUAGCAAAGAGAAAGUGCAAACCUUCCUUCCACGAACCUUCCUAUCUCAGAAUUUUAUCUUGAUAUAACGCGAAGUGAAAACAACAUCAUCGAUUAUAACUGCGCAUGUGCAUAUGAUGAAAACCAACGGAACUUCAAACAAAUGCUGCCUCGUCUCCCUUAACAGAGAAAUUUGAUUUUUAAACUUUGAACCUCUUUAUGGGGUCAAAGAGCAUUGUGUCUAGUGCGCGGAAGUUGUCUCACUCAUUCUGACCAUCCUUUCCCCAGCAAGGCUAUUCCAAAGUGAAUACAAAAAUCCACGCUCGGCUGCUUGUCGAUUUGUUCUGCCAAAUUAAUCGUUUUGUUCCUUUCCCAUGUUGGAUAAUGUUGUGUUAUGGCGGUUAUUGUCCAGAUAAUUCUAUAGACUCUGGAAGAAGCAUUGUCUGUGCCUAUAACCACUAGAGAACAUAGAAAGUCUGCAACUUCCUAAAAGGACAACCAAGAAGAAGCAAUUGUCGCGUAGCUCAGCCCAGGACAAGCAAAAUGAUUUGCGCCAUCCUUUCAACACUGUUCCUUGGGAUUGUUGUUGCUGUUGUUGUUGAUUACAUCAUCAGUUUGUUCCAACUCAAGAAGUACCCCCCUGGGCCUUUCCCGCUGCCUCUCGUUGGUAAUCUUCACUGGCUAGGAGGCCCACCAACACAACUAUGUGAUGCCUUGAGGAAGAAAUAUGGAAAUGUUGCAAGUUUAAGUAUUGGCAGAAAACGGCUUGUGAUUGUACAGGGUUUAAACGAAGCUAGGGAUGCGCUUUCAGCCAAGGGUGAAGCUUUCGCAGGAAGACCCAAUGAUAAUUACGCAGUCGACCUUAUCACAGAAGAUUUCAAUGACAUUGCGUUUGGUGCAUAUGGGCCUAGACUGAAAGCUAUGAGGAAGAUCGCACAUGGUGCACUUAAGAUGUACGGAGAAGGGCUUGCCAAACUUGAAGGCAGCAUAUUGAUGGAGGUUGAGAAGCUUUUCGAAAGAUUUGACGAAAACAAAGAUGAAGCAUUUAACCCAGAUGUGGACUUAUGUUUGGCAGUGUCUAACAUCAUUUGUACCAUUCUUUUUGGAAGACGCUAUGAAAAAGAUGAAAGCGAACUUCAAGACGUGUUGAAGUUUACUUCUCUUACCUUGAGAUAUGAUUUGACAGCACUAGUGAAUUUUGUUCCUCUGCUGAGGUUGUUGCCAAACAAGCUUUUGUCUAACUUCAAACUCGGCGUUGCCAUGAAGGAUAGAUUCUUUGACAAGAAGCUCAGAGAGCACAUGGAGUCAUUUGACCAAAACAAUUUGCGAGACUUCACAGAUUUUGUGUUGCAUAAUUUUGAAAAUGAAAGAAAGGCAGAUAGCAAGAUUCAAAGCUACAUACACGAUGUUAACCUUAGACAGAUUCUCAGCGAUCUACUUCUUGCUGGCGGAGAAACGACAUCGACCGUAUUGCGUUGGAGCCUCCUUUAUUUAGCGACCUUGCCAGAAAUCCAACAGAAAAUUGCGAUAGAGAGAAGGCAGAAGAUCGGAAGCAGACAGCCUCGUUUGAAUGACCGCAGAAACUUGCCUUAUUUCGAGGCAGUUCUCAUGGAGAUUUUGCGCAUGUCCACUGUUACGCCACUGAUUUUACGUAAAACAAUCACGGAUACGCAAUGUGAUGGGCAAAGCAUCCCCGCCGAGACCGUUGUUUGGUUCUUUUUGCCUGAAAUCAAUUCUGAUACAAAAGAGUGGAAUGAGCCUGACGUUUUUAAGCCAGAGCGAUUUCUUGACGAAAACGGUGACAUGAUUCAUCGCAAAAGUAAACGUGAAAUGUCAUUUGGACUCGGAAGAAGAAGCUGUCUUGGAGAAGUACUGGCCAAAGCAGAGCUGUUCAUUUUUCUCUCCAAUAUCUUGUAUAGAUACGAGAUCAGAAUGGAUAAGGCGGACUUCCCAGGAUUUGAUGCGGUCUUUUGUGUUGUUCGUGUGCCUAAACCUUACAAAAUUAGGCUUGUGAAACGCAGUAUCAACGAAGAUUAAUUGACAAUAAAGUGCUAAUUAACACGGACUCGUUUACCAUUCAGAGUUCUAUGAACAAUAAUGGCUGACGCUUUUUUGCUGGGUACACUAGACUGUUUUGCACGCUGCCAUGGCUACGAUUACCUUAGGUUGUUCAUUUUAAGCUUUGAAUAUUUAAAAUUCAAAACAUACUAAGACGGGCAUAUAAAAUAGACCUAUACAAUUAGCUUUUUUUACUGUUUUUAAUACGGAAGUUUCUGUUGGGGUUUUAAAUAUCUCGUUACUGCAAAUUAGAGUUGUAAAUCCAUAGCAAUGAGAAAUGGUCUGAAAAUUUUAAGGUCGAUCAAAACAAAAGAAAAGGUGACGAUAUAAGAGUAAAAUGUCUCCGAUUCCAAUUUCAUGAUCAAUAUAGCCCGACGAACUCAUUUCCAAUAUUUACUGUAGGGAUGUGCAAAGCAAACGUUAAAUCCAUAGUUAAAAUUUCUAUUCGAAUAUGCAUGCUCAAUUUUCUCACUGGACGUCCUUUCCCCUAAUUUAAAAGGUAACAGAAGAAUAUAUAACUGCCACACGCAGGGACAUAGUGAGCGGGGAUGUUUAGGGUGUUACACUCCUCCCCCCUCCAGAACCUUGAACCCCCUAGCCUGGAAGGUUAAGUUACGCCACUGGUCAGAAGGAGGCCGACCUCGCCUAUUUCCAACAGACCUCUUUCUGGUCAAUUGAAGAACAUAACUUUGAUGUUGUAAUUUCGACUGCUUGAUUACGGUAUUGGUGAAACGUUAUUAAUGAUUUGUCAGAGAAGGGAUAAUUGUAGCAUUUUCUACGGUGUGUAGCCCCUACUGCUUCGAUCUCAUCAUUGAGUUGAAUUGUUGAACACCAUAGCUUAUGUAAUGAUUCAAUUCAAUAGAAGCAGGAGCCACACAUCAUUUGUCAUAAGAUAAUGGUUAGUUUUGUAUUUAAUUUGCAUACUUGUAAGCAAUGAUGCAAACAUUUCUCGCUGCAAUUUUUAUGCAAACAAGGAGACAGUUCUUGCCUUUCUGCAUCUUGAAUGUAAACAUUUGUUGUCAAAUAUCUUUACUCCAGCGCAGUGAAAAGCUACAAUUGCUUGCGAAUUGAUGCAGUUUAUAUCUUUGAUCAAAGCCAAUUUCAAUAAAAUUUUCAAUGUUUAGGCUAACUGACGUGCGACAUGGUAUUGCUUGAAACAUACACUAAUCUUUGCAUUCUUUUCAAAAGUACUGUACAAACAGUUACUCGAUGCCGCAAUAGAAGUUUAAGAGGAGUUCUUUUCUAUUGAAUUAAAAGUUAUUUCCGAUGCAAUGUAUGAGCUUUGCAUAAACGUAAUCCUUAAAUACAUAAGAUUAGGCUCGAGACGAGUGGUAUUUUUCUCCCACACUCCCAGCUUUCUAACAUAUGGCAACUACAAAAUAAAAACUAAAUAAUAAUACUGAAAAGAUAUUAUUAAUACUAAAUAAUCAAACAAACAAUAUAUGACAAAAAUCAAAACUUCUUGUAGAUUGUAUAUUUAAUUUCAAUACAGUAAAAGAUUAGCCGAAAUUUCCAUCGGAUUUUUUUCUAAAUAAAUGUUAUUUUCAAACGUAUUUCCCACUGAAGAAAACAAGAUAAUAUGCAAUAAAAUUAACAUCACAAUUACAAUCAUGUUGUUAUCAUGAACGACUUAUCAAAUGUGUAA